AUGAACAAACCGCUAUACAUACGGAGUACGGGAGCUCAAGGUUGUAACUCGAAUGAAAGCUGUGGUAAACAGCUCGCCGGAUCCACCUGUAUCAAAGAAGGAACGUAUGCAGGCCUUUGUGAUCCGGGCGAAAAGACAUUCGCGGGUACACCGCUCAAUAUGACAGAUGCGGUUCGCCAGCAUAUCAUCGACAUGCACAAUUAUCGCAGAUCAAGACUUGCCCAAGGAUUAGUUCCGAAUGGUACUACAGGCAAAAGACUACCUGCAGGAACAGAUAUAGCCCAAUUGAAAUACAACAUGGAACUUGAGAGGGCAGCGCAGGCAUAUGCGAACAACUGCCCAACAGGACUUUCAUCUGUAGCAUCACGUCCUGGCACUGGCGAAAUUUAUCAGUCCCUUCCAUCUAAUAAGUUGGCAAUUAUGGACGUUAUAUCAAGGGCAUUGAAAGCAUCCUGGCAUCCAGUCUGGAUCGUUGGCUUUAGCGACACAUUGGAAUUCGUACAAAGACUCGAAGAAACACCUAAUGCACCAAUUAUGUUCACUCAAAUGGCAUGGGGUAAUACUACUGAAGUUGGUUGUGGUGCUGCCCGUUGUUCAAGUAAUACUACCGUUAUUUGUCGCUAUAACCCAAGAGGCAACACUGUCGGCCAGAAGAUCUACACUCCAGGAAAGACGUGCUCGAAGUGUCCGAAUGGCUGUACCACAGCAUUCUUGUACAAAGGGCUCUGCUUAGAUUAA